AUGGAUAAUUUGGAGGGGAGAGUGGACCGAUACUAUGACCCGACGACAAACGUGACCUACGACUGGGACGACGAUUUUCGGUGUUAUAUCGGGUACAUAGCGGAACUAAUUUCGGACGACCCGUUUUACUACCGGUAUGAGACCCCGCCGGUAGAGUCAGACGAUGAGGGAGCUUUGAAGCCGCGGCAGCACGAGGAUGAGGACAUAUUGGCGUUGUUGGAGCCGACCAGAAUUAGGAGUCGAUCGAGUGUUGACGAGGUCGUGGACGAGGGGCCGGACCCAUACAGUACCCGUGUGGAUGCUAAGGUAUCUGUGCAGCGCGAGAACCUGUAUGGGAAGAAAGCCACACCCAAACCGGCCAAGGCCGCUCCGGUCAAGACCGAGGACGCCGAGAAGGAGAAGGAGAUGAAGCGGAUCCGGCAGGAACUGGAAAAGGAGGUAAAACAAGCCGCCAAGGAGGGCCAACAGGGCAGACGCAGCCUUACUCGACGACUCACCCGCAAACUUACCACCAUCGGCAAUACAAUGAGUGUACAAGAACAACUCAACUUACUUGCCGAUGUCAAAAAGGAAGCCGGCUCUAUCGAAAUGGAUGAUGAAGCAAUCAACCAAUAUACCGCCACAGAAAACGCUGCCGCUGCCGCCAGGGAGAUUGCCAAGAAGGUCUUGAAGAAGAAAGCACCAGUCGGCAAAACUCUCGCCAUGAAGCCACCCUGA